UCCACGGCGGGCAGGACCGUACCCCCUCGGUUUCAAGACCGUUCCGGGGGCUCUGCUCUCGAAUCUCCGAUCUGCUACUGUGCAGAUGGACUUGCAGGCACUGCUGUGAGAAGUGCUAUGAGUCCAGCUGUUGCCAGUCGAGUGAGGAUGAAGUUGAAAUUCUGGGACCUUUCCCUGCCCAGACUCCUCCCUGGCUGAUGGCCGGCCGGAGCAGUGACAAGGACGGGGAUUCCGUCCACACAGCCAGUGAAGUCCCUCUGACCCCACGGACCAACUCCCCAGAUCGCAGAUGCUCAUCCUCAGACACGUCAAAGUCUACGUACAGCCUGACCCGAAGGAUUUCAAGUCUCGAAUCCAGACGACCCAGCUCCCCGCUCAUUGAUAUUAAACCCAUCGAGUUUGGCGUUCUCAGCGCCAAAAAGGAGCCCAUCCAGCCCUCGGUGCUCAGACGGACUUACACCCCAGACGACUAUUUCAGAAAGUUCGAGCCCCAGCUCUACUCCCUAGACUCCAACAGCGACGAUGUGGACUUCCUGACCGAUGAGGAGAUCUUGUCCAAGUACCAGCUGGGCAUGCUGCACUUCAGCACCCAGUACGACCUGCUGCACAACCACCUGACCGUGAGGGUGAUCGAGGCCAGGGACCUGCCGCCCCCCAUCUCCCACGACGGCUCACGCCAGGACAUGGCGCACUCAAACCCCUACGUCAAGAUCUGUCUCCUGCCGGACCAGAAGAACUCGAAGCAGACGGGGGUCAAACGCAAGACCCAGAAACCCGUGUUUGAGGAGCGUUACACCUUUGAGAUCCCCUUCCUAGAAGCACAGAGGAGGACCCUGCUGCUGACCGUGGUGGAUUUUGAUAAGUUCUCCCGCCACUGUGUCAUCGGGAAGGUGUCCGUCCCUUUGUGCGAGGUUGACCUGGUGAAAGGCGGGCACUGGUGGAAGGCGCUGGUCCCCAGUUCUCAGAAUGAAGUAGAGCUGGGGGAGCUGCUUCUGUCACUGAAUUAUCUCCCAAGUGCUGGGAGACUGAAUGUUGAUGUUAUUCGAGCCAAGCAACUUCUUCAGACAGAUGUGAGCCAAGGUUCAGACCCCUUUGUGAAAAUCCAGCUGGUACAUGGACUCAAGCUUGUGAAAACAAAGAAGACAUCCUUCUUAAGAGGCACAAUUGAUCCUUUCUACAAUGAAUCCUUUAGCUUCAAAGUUCCCCAAGAAGAACUUGAAAAUGCCAGCUUAGUGUUUACAGUGUUUGGCCACAACAUGAAGAGCAGCAACGACUUCAUUGGAAGGAUUGUCAUCGGCCAGUACUCUUCGGGCCCCUCCGAAUCCAACCACUGGCGGCGAAUGCUCAACACCCACCGCACAGCCGUAGAGCAGUGGCACAGCCUGAGGUCCCGGGCCGAGUGUGACCGCGUGUCUCCUGCCUCGCUGGAGGUGACCUGAGAGCUGUGGGAAAAGCAGCUUUCAUUUGUUUAAAAAAAGAGGAGGAAAAUUUAAGACAGACAGAAAACGUGUCACAUGCCUAUUACAUCCACACAACACACGCACACACACACUCAAAUACACACACACACUAAAUCCUCUCAGAACUGAGAAGAAGCUGACUAUUGAACACAGAAUGGUUGCCCUCAAUGGGCAAAGCCUGAGAACUUUCUAGAAACCCCAUCUAUACGUCACGAGCUGAGUGGGCUCUGCUGUGAGACUUACUGGCAGUGCUUGCUCCUGUUGAUACCCCUACCCCCAAAUGCACUUUCAACCCUCAGGCCAGAGAAGGGGCCUCCCCAAGGGUGCCAGCCUCCAUCGAGAUGAAAUUCUCCAAGAGCUUGGCCAGUGUGUGGGACGCCCGACCCCCACACCCAAAAGGCACACCUGCUGAUUGGGUGGCUUCUGAACGGGCUGCUGUUCCCUGGGGGGUUCUUCAGACCUGAUACCUUCCCCCAAAAGUGUAAGUACUUUGUCUUCUCUUUAGUGGACUUGAUAGAUUAGACUAUUUGGAGA